AUGCACUUGACUCGGCGUCGCCAUGCCGCCGAAGAGAAGAUACCGCUCUGUGUUCAACGUUCGCCUGCCAAAGUCCAAACCGUCGGACCACCCCGACCACCCCGACUUUGACCAGCAGGAUGCCUUUCUGCCUAUCAACUACUCGACCCCCUACAGAACCUUCGUCGACAAAGGUGGUCGUAAAAGGAAAAAGAAAGAGCCACCCAAUGCGAGCUCGUCAACAGCACCCACGCCCACGCCCACGUCCAGCUCCGCGUCGUCCACAUUGCCCCCCCCCACAACACGAACUCAUCCCAGGCGCUUCGGCCUCACAUUACGCUCGUGGAAGCGACAUCACGCAACAAGAUCUGGACGACUUUGGGCAGGAAGGAGUGUGGGUGGAUGAGGAGGACUUAGGUGGGAUGGACCUUGCGUCGGAAAACGCGCUGGAAUCGACUGUUUACACCCGUGUCGACAACUCCGACUCACCCCCACGCCCCACCUACCGACAACUCUACGUCACUCCGCCCAACACUGCCAGACGAGAAGGCUAUCUCAAGUAUAUCACGCUUGACGCUGAGCUUCGGAAAUCGCUCCGUGCCAAGCUGUUUGGGCGCUUCCUCGAGUUUCGCCGCGACAGCACGCUCCAUCUACGACCGCUCGUAUCGGAAGACGAUCUCGAUGACCACGAUGCUCCGCCGCCAUGUGCGUGCAAUUGCAUACUCACCCGCGAGAUCAUCUUGUACGAUGUGACGGCAUGUACGUGAUAAGGCAGCUCAGCUUCACUGUCCCCGGGUUCAGUCACGAACCGAGCACUGGCCCAACUAGGGUUCAUCUCUUCGACCGCUUCAAUGCCGAUGACCGCCUUCUCAUUUCGACUGGUCGAGCAGGCCCACGCGAGCUGGAAGGUCAGCCCCCGCGCUCUCACCGGCUAUGCGGACGGCCUCAAAGAGUAUUACUCCGGUUGUGGGUGGGGUCGAGGUCACUACACGGGACAUCCUUGGGUGAGUUUAGACGGCGCCAUCAUUUUAGGGGCACAUGCUUAAAGCCUGCCUUCCGCGCAUGCAGGACAAAGACCUUCGGAAGCAACUGCAAAGGGCGAUCGACGAGUACCGCGCUCUCGUAACAUGCGAGAAGGACAGCGGCGACCUUCUCGUAGGCACCGUCGAUUCGUAUCCCAACAAGUGUCCCGCGUACUUCGGGCCAACGCGACUUAAUCAACCUUGUCACCACGUCACAUUGGAUUGCGUGCUUGCAUACGACGGCAACUUUCAGCAAACGCGUGAGAAAAACUCGAAGCACGACGUCCAAGGAAUCGUUCCGGACAUUUUCUUGGCUGAGGAAGAGGUUCAGGCGAUGAAGGCCGAGGUUGAAGCUUCGGUGCGGCCGACCAAAAAGGUGAGUAAUGCUGCUCUUUGCAUUUGCCUUAAUGGGAUCGCUUACCUCUACACCCACCCACCGUCAUAGGCGUGCACAGAGUCGUGGAAGGUUGCCGACGACGGAGCUGGUUCAACCUCGUCACGAGUAGUCGACACCGGACUCGUUGCCUGCGUAUGCCGUCAUGACGUGAACCUGAAGAUGGUCAAUCUUGAGAGGUCUGGUGAAAAGUGAGCGCAGAGCUGUCUGGUUGGGACGUAGUCGCUUCCGCUUUCCUCUCCCAGUACUAAUGCGCAUAUUCCCCUCCGACCGCUCAGAUUAUACUAUGCGCUUGCCAUCCUCAAGCACAUUUCAGAGCGCCUUCCUGAAAACGCCAAAAUCGGAGUCUUAUACGACAUUGCUUGUAACUUCAAGCACCACAUUGAAAAGGUUCGCAUCGAUCACGACAGGUCCCUUCCUCCUCAGUUUCGUUGGCACUGACCAAAUGCGCCUACUUUAUCAUUUGUCACCAGAGGCAGCUCCUGCCAAAGCUUUUCAAGCGACUGGAGUUCGCCACGAGCGUCUUCCAUGCAUACGCCCAUAUCUGGUCCUGCCAAGUCGAGUUCAACCCCCGCCUCAUUCCGAACUUCGGGUUGACUGAUGGAGAGGGCUGUGAGCGAUUGUGGAGCGGGCUACGGUCGCUCAUUCCCAUCAACCGCCCCUCGAACAAGUCCCAUCGCUUCGUCAACCUGGCGGUCCGUAUCCAAGCACUGAAUGACGCGACCGUCAACAAGCUGGGUAAGCCGCACCUGGAUCGCAAUCAUCUCAAUCACAAUGCUGACACUCGAUAUGUUUUAUUUAGGGGCCUGGUUCUAUCGUCGCUACCAUGAGGCAAACGACAAGGGUGUCGCUGCUGAGGAAGAGCUUAAUAGCAUCAUUGCCUACGAUUCGAGGUUGACCGAAGAUGCGCUCCGCCGCGAGUGGGAAGAACAGCGACUAGCGCAAGUGCCAAAGACAGCUGCGCAGCAAUCGGAGGCGGAUCGCUUGAGGGAGAGCGACCUCUACGGACUUGUGGAGAGCCUCUACAAGAUUGAGUCGCGAAUGUACGUAGAUCAUCUGGCCAGGCCGUCGCUCACUGUCUAUGAUUCUAACUUGCUGGGCUUUUGAAAAGGGAUACCGAAGAGCCCGAUUCAGACGUCUUGGAAUCGCUAAGCGCCAAACGCCGCAGCCUCGGGAUGGACAUCGAUCGAGCGGCAAUGGCACAGGCUCGUUAUGUCACGGGCCUCUCGUCCAAAGGUCAGUUGAGGUGUGUUGCUCACAUGAUUUCUGUAGCUUGCACUGAUAGCUUAGGUGCUGUGCAGAACUUCGACAUCUGUGCCAGUGCUCUGUUGCCCAAAUUUCAUCUCGAAGUGAUUGCCUACAAAACCAGUCGGGAGAAGCUACUUUCGACGGGUCGUGGCAAGGGAGGUGCAAAGCUAGGUCAACGAGCAGCCAGCAGAGCUCGUGCUACAGACGGGAAGAUUCAUUCAGGCGCGGAAAAGGCUCGCAAGACGUACAACAAGGCCGUUGAGGCCUUCCGUCUCGCGAUGGGAUCAACACCUUCGAGCCUACUCAACAAUCUCCAUAUUUCCGACAGCUUGAAAUCGGCGAUCGACCUCGAUGAGACGGAUCCGUUCUGGCAGGACGGCUUUUUCACGCAUGUUGAAGCUGCUUGGGCUGUCAAUCCUUGGGUCAAGCGAGGAGUAACAGCUGUGCGCGCCAAGGAUCGAGUCGGUGAGGAGAAAGCGCGGAUCGGCGCCGAGGUGCGGCAAGCUUUGGCUUGGCUCGAAGAUGAAAAAACUCGUCUCACUAGUUAUCAAACACUUUGGACUAACGUGUCGGGUAAGUUUUCGAUACGGCGUGCUCCAUAUCACCUCUUAUGUCGCCCUAACAUCUUUCAAACCGUCCCAACAGAUACCCUUCCUGAAUCCAUCGACCCAGCUGAUGCCAAGUCCAUAUUCAGCACUGAAGAUGUUGAAGAGAUCCGAGGCCGCGCGCUCAUCAUACUGGAUCGCCGGAUGGAGCUUCUGCAGCUGCGCGAAUGUUCUUGGUCCCAGAACGACCAUUUCUUUGAUGUUUGGCUCGAGACUCGCGGGCAGUCAGAGGGCCAGUCCGAGCCCAUGCCUCCUGCACUGUCAGAACUUCGUGGUUUACAUCAACGAUUGAACGCAACGGGAAGAACUGUCAAGAAGGCGAAACAUCACCAGCGACCUGUACAUAAUCGAUCGGGAACACGCGGUCCUAUGGAGACAUCUGGCUCGACGACUCGGCGCGGCCUCCAUCGCUGGCCCGUGACGUUCAGCAAGUGCGGGCCAUUGAGGCGCAGAUGGAUAUGAGCGACGGGGCUGAAGUCGCAAAGGAGGUGGGGCCUCUCUCCGCACAACUCCUCGAGAAGGACGGUGAGAUGGGCAGCUCUUCGGAUGAAAGCUACGGCGAUGACUUUGCUGGUCAGGAAGACGAAUACUUCUCGGACGUUUAGACCAGCUUCUGAUUUAGAUUGAAUUAGUGGAGCAAGCUUAAUGUUGAAACAAUGCACAUGGUGUUUGCAAACUAAAGUCGUCUCAAUUGCUGUGGGUGAGAGUAUGAUCACGGUUUCAUAGAGAGAAAUAUUGUCAGACCUAAUCUCUGGGCUGCGCCUGCCUUACUCCUGCCGGGUGACGUGCCGGGUGACAUUUCAGUCAAAGCGUGUGCAACUGCUCGAGUACCUAGAAUGUCUACCCCGUGAAAAUGGGUGAGUGGGUUCGAUCAAUAUAGAUAAUGUAUCUCCUACCCUCGGACAGGGUUGAAUAGCAAAUUUGGCAUGUGCGUGCAAGCCCUUCUUCCGAACAAGAUGGCUCGGCGGUUUCCCUUACCAGUGCCGGGUGACUUUUCAAUCAAAGCGCAUGCAACUGCUCGAGUACCUAGAAUGCCUACCACGUGA